UCUGACGAAGGAAACCAAGGAAAGGAAAGUACAACGAUAAUUGGUAGGUGCAAAUUUGAGGUUCCAAUUCGACCAUCAACACCAAACAGUUACCCUCCCCUCCAGAUGGUGAAUUUCAGGAGCAUGGAGGAAUUCUGGCUUUUCUACAUGAAUCAACACUCAAAACCAGCAACAAGAAGAUGGCAUUUUGCUGGCACACUGUCUAGUCUUUUAUGCUUGAUAUAUGCACUUGUGUUUAACUGGUGGUUCUUGUUCUGUGUACCUUUAUUUGGUUAUGGUAUGGCUUGGUAUAGCCAUUUCUAUGUGGAAGGAAACAUACCUGCAACUUUCGGUCAUCCAAUAUGGUCUCUGUUGUGUGAUUGGAGGAUGUUUGGUCUUAUGCUCACUGGUCAGAUGGAUAGAGAAAUCAAAAGGCUAGGUAAAAGACCCAUCUUGCAACCCUAUUGAUUCCUCUUUUUUCGAUUUCGAUUUCGAUUUCGAUUUCAAUUUGGUUUAGAUACAUGUAAUAAGGACAUAUUUGGUUUGCUCCUCUAUUUGAAUACUCUGCUGUCUUGAGAUACAAGUUUGCUUUUUAUUGUGUAUAUAUAUCAAAGAAUCUAGUGUUUGAAGUGAAAUUCAGGUCAUUUUUUCUCA